GAAGUCUCGCAAAUAGGAGAAGGUCGAUUGGAUGGGAUAUCUUGAACGCCUUUUCUUUUUCGAGUUGCGCAGGGAAACUUGUUUUUAUCUAUUGUUGUUUUUUAUUAUUCUUUUUUAAUUUCAUCGAUUGUACGGAAUACAUUAUACAUAUAUCCAUUAGGACACGUAUAAUUAACUAAAAUACCCAACGUACUUGAGCUAAUUGUGGAUAUAUUUUUACAACAUACCAACAACCAACAUUAGCUGCUAGCACAACAUAACAUCAUCGAUCGCGGCCUCUCUUGUGCGACGUCAAACCCCCUGAGUCUGCGUCGGGGAUCCAAAUCCGUUGUAAAAUCCCGCUGCAAGCCGUAGGAACGGGAAGGAAAAGACGAAAGAAGAUAUAGGCGAGAUAGAGAUAGUCAGUUAAGACAUCCGACGAGAUGGGCGAAUUCCCAACGCUGGUCCGGCCGCCGCCGCUCGACACGUCCAAGGCGCCUAUCGAGAACGCGCUCGAGCUAACUGAGUUGAGCAUCAUCGGACCUGAUCUCUUCACCAAUACGCGCGAGCUCUGGCAUCCACCCGGCGCGCGGGGGAUCUACGGAGGCGCCGUUAUUGCGCAGACGCUUGCUGCUGCCCAACGCACUGUCCCGCCGAACUUCGUAGUACACUCGUACCACUGCUUCUUCGUGCUAGCAGGCGACUCCAGCGUGCCCAUUUUGUACCAUGUCGAGCGUGUGCGCGAGGGCCGGUCCUUCUGCACCCGCACCGUGCAGGCCCGCCAGCGCGGCCAUGCCAUCUUCACCGUCACGUGCUCGUUCGUGCGCGAGGGCAGCGGUGGCGAAGAGUCCGUCUCGCACGCCGUGCCCGUGCCCGCCGAGGCGCUCGCCCAGACCCCUCCCGACGACUACCAGGACCCGCCGUUCCUGCGCCGGGCCGGCGACGAUCCGUUCCAGAGCUUCCGAUGCAAAGCCCCCGGGGACGGCGACGACGAGAGCUCACCCGCGACCAAGCGCGUGUGGCAGUGGGUUCGCGCGCGCGGCAAGAUCAGCGAGAAGGGCGGUCUUAGGGCGCAUCUGAGCGCGCUGGCAUACGUUAGCGACUCGUACUUCAUCGGGACGGUCAGCCGCAUCCACCGACUGUGGCGGUACCCGGUGCGACCGGAGGACAUCGGGAGGCUGGAGCCGGACGUCCGGGAGCACCUGGAGCAGCUGAACGAGUGGGAGGGGUACGGGACGCUGGAGAGUACGGCGAAGCGGCCUGAGGUGGGCAUGAUGGUGUCGCUGGACCACUCGAUUUACUUCCAUAACCCGAGCAAGGUGCGCGCCGACGAGUGGAUGUUCGUCGAGAUGGAGAGUCCCUGGGCGGGAGACGGUAGGGGUGUGGUUAUGCAGAAGAUUUAUAGCCGCGAUGGGACGCUGCUUGCUACCGCGUUUCAGGAGGGCGUUGUAAGAUUAAAGAAGAAGAAGAACCAGGAGAAGGCGAAGCUAUAGAAGGCCGUGGCUAGCCUUGCUACGUAAGAGGAGAAGGGGUAAUAGAAAGGGACCUAGCGAGGUGUUUGUGCUUGCUUGCUAGUUAGAAUGGAGUUUUGUAAGUUGGAUGGGAUUUAUAGACUUGUUAUUCAUAGCCGUCGGGGGGGUUGAAGACGUGGUUCGGGAGGCUGCAUAGUACAAUCGGCAUAUGCAAAGGUCUCACGCGAGUAUGUAGAUGCGAAUUUUUAGAUUAUAGUAGAUACCUACGUACACAGAAUUAUACCCGUUCGUAUGUCCGAUUCCCAU